AUGCGUGUCUUUUUUCAUUUCCUGGCGCUAGAUCGGUACGUCGCUAUUACAUAUCCUCUGUUUUACAGGUCACAACCCAACACAAAACGAAGUCUCUUAGUGGCCAUUGGUGUCUGGAUGGUCUCCAUUCUAUUAUCCAUGAUUUAUUUUGCAGUGGGUUACAAUAAGUUCUUGUUCAUCGUUGCUAACACAGCCCUCGUUGUCACCUUUGUUGUCUUGCUUUUUACCAGCUUAAAAAUUUUCAAGUUCCUGCGCGCUCAAGUUAAACAAUGGGACAAUCUCCAUGACAGCUCAGAAGAAAACCUGGCAAAAAAGCAAGCGAUCAAGAGGGAGAAAAAAGUCACAAAGACCCUUGUUAUUAUGUUAUUGUUUUUCUUAGCUUACUAUUUGCAUUCUUGCAUCUGCAUCUAUAUCAUAAACUUUUGCUCUAAUUGCGAUAGUGUGUCUAUUAUGUGGAUAAAAGACAUUCAGUUUGUCGUGAUGAUGACAAAUUCUGGAGUGAAUCCAUUCGUAUAUGCUUGGAGGUUGGAGAAUUGCCGCAAAGCGUUUAAGAGUGACUUGCCAAGCAUUCCUGAAACUUCGGUCCUUGACACAGGUGUCGACUUUGACUACUGA